UACUCAUGAAGUCCCAGCAGGAGAUCAACACUGCAAACAGUUUUAAAAAAGCUUUGUGACACAAAAUUAAACAAAAUCAUCCACAAAGAAGAGGGAAUUGGAGAAGCAAGAUGAUGACGGGUGAUCAUGUCAAGGCAUCAAGAAGCAGUCAUCAUGAUGAGGAGCCACUGAGUCCAGCAGCUCGGUUCUUCCAAGCGCCACGCUUUAACGUUUAUAUCAUUGCCAUCGUGGGGUGCAAGACAAGAAUCAAUACUGACGUUGUUAAGGCUGGUUUGGAGCAAACUUUGGUCAAGCAUCCUAGAUUCUCCAGCAAGAUGGUCGUUGAUGGCAACAAGUACUGCAAAAAUAAAAAAUGGACUCAGACGAAAGUAAAUCUGGAGGAUCAUAUUAUUGUUCCCGAAUUGGAUCCCAACAUAGAUUUUCCAGACAGAUUUGUUGAAGACUACGUGUCAAAUGUCACAAGAACUCCCUUAGACCUCUCCAAACCAUUAUGGGAACUCCACCUUCUCAACAUCAAAACCUCAGAUGCAGAGGCUGUUGGGGUCUUUAGGAUUCACCAUUCCAUGGGCGAUGGUGCAUCCCUCAUAUCCCUUCUCCUAGCCUGUACACGGAAAACCUCUGACCCAGAAGCAUUGCCUAGUGUUCCAGUGAAAAAACGAGCAGGUUCAACGUUUAACUCGCGGGAUGGAUUUUGGUGGUUCUUUUUAGCAAUUUGGAUGCUUUUAAGGUUGAUUUGGAAUACUAUGGUGGAUGUCUUGCUGUUUGUGGCGACCACUUUAUUUCUGAAAGACAUGAAAACUCCGAUCAAAGGUGCACCUGGGGUUGAGCUGAACGUAAAAAAAUUCGUGCAUCAGACAGUGAGCUUGGAAGACAUAAAGCUCGUGAAGAAUGCAAUGAACAUGACCGUAAACGAUGUUGUUACUGGAAUAACUCAAGCUGGCCUAUCGAGAUAUCUGAAUCGUAGAUAUAUUCACUCAUCAUGUACAGGUGAGGAGAAGAAAUUAGAUGGGCGAGUGAAGCAAAGCAAUAGCAAUAUCCCUAAAGGUAUCCGCCUUAGGACAGUCAUUCUCGUGAAUCUCAGAAAGUCUGCAGGAAUACAGGUGGCCCAUGCUCCUAAUGAUCCUUCUUCAUCAUUGUCCGUGGCAGAAACCUAUCCACCUGAAUUUAAACAGGAUAUGGCUGAUAUGAUGGCUAAGAGGUUGAAAACUAGGUGGGGCAAUUUGAUCGGAUAUAUGUUCCUCCCAUUCACCAUUUCUUUGCAAGACGACCCAUUGGAUUAUGUUCGGAAAGCAAAGGCCACCAUUGAUAGAAAAAAGCUCUCACUUGAACCUAUAUUCACAAGUAUGUGUAUUGGGUUUGCGUUCAGGAUAUUUGGAAACAAGGUUGCUGCUGCUAUAAUACGCCGAGCACUCUCCAAUAUAACAAUGGCUAUUUCUGGUGUGGUUGGUGCGCAAGAAGAAAUUAGCUUUUAUGGCCAUCCAAUUGCUUACCUUGCUCCUUUUGUUUAUGGGCCCCCACUUUCAUUGGUUGUCAAUUAUCAAAGUUAUGUGAACAAGAUGACUAUUUCUUUGACUGUUGACCCAAGUGUGAUUCCUGAUCCUUACGAGCUUUGUAACGAUAUAGAGGAAUCACUCAAACUCAUCCGACAUGCUGUAGUGAAUAAAGGACUCAUCAAGGAUGUUGUCUAAAGAUUGAUCUUGCGAGUCCAGAAGAUCCACUCAAUUGGAAGUCAUAAAUAGAGGAUGUUCAUGUAUAGCUAAUGUAAGAACUCAAGUGGAAAGUUCUUACAUUAGCCGUGUGAUGCAUGUGUUAAAAAAAUGUGUGUUAAAUGGAACUUCUAUCUCUAAAUAAAUGAGGCCUACAUUAUUUUAUAUGGACAGGAAUAGAUAUUAUAAAACUAGUUUGAUAUUUCUAUCUUUUUACCUA